AUGUCCAGCUGGAGUUUGGCCAGUGCCGUCUCCCCGAAUGUAACAGGAUCUGACGUCAUCCGGCUAAGCAGCCUCAACUCGCGCUCCGAUUCAAACCUGACAGCACCAUCCCGUCCAACGACCCCUGUGCCUGCCAAGAAGUUGGCCUCCAAGCGUCCCCCACAUCUGACGUUGCACAUUCGACCCACAGCUGCUGCCCCGCCCCAGUCCCACGAUGCGCCGUUGGCCGAAACCGAGAACAGUGCUCUGUCGGACGGGGGCCCAUCCAUCUACGGCACGCCUCUGGGUGCGACGCCUGCCAGCAGCACUAGCCAUCGCAGCAACAGCAGCACGAGCGGGUCCAUAUUCCCCCACGAACAGUAUAAAGCCAUCAAGAAGAUCAAUAUUGGCUUUGAGAACGUUCUCUACAGCACCAAGUUUGGUGUCUUCAAGAGGGAAAUCAAAGACGUGCUCGUGGGUCCGACGGGUUACUUCAAGUCUGGUGAGCUGAGUGCCAUCAUUGGACCCUCUGGUGCUGGCAAGAGCACGCUGCUUAACGUACUCUCAGGCUACACAACCUCUGGCUACACGGGAGACUUUCGCAUCAAUGGCAAUCGGAGGGAUCUGAAGGCGUUCAAGCAAAAUGUGGCGUUCAUCAGGCAGGACACGAGUCUGCAGGCAUUUCUAAGUGUCAAGGAGGCCAUGCACUUUGCGGCAAACCUCAAGAUUGGCACACACAUGACGGAUGGCGAGAAGCGAGAGCGGGUGAAGUGCAUUCUGGAGGCCAUUGGGAUGUAUGAGAAUCGCCACACAAUGACAGGCCAUCUGAGCGGAGGACAAAAGAAGCGUCUGGCUAUUGCUUUAGAGCUAGUGAACAAUCCACCUGUGCUAAUACUAGACGAACCAACCACCGGCUUGGACAGCUUUACCUCAAAUCAGCUGAUUAAUCUGCUGAAGAAACUAGCCAUCGAGGGACGCACUGUCAUCUGUACCAUACACCAGCCGACAGCGCUGACCUUUGCCAUGUUCGACUAUCUGUAUGCCAUUGCCGAGGGAAAGUGCAUCUACGCGGGCGGCUCACAGAACCUUCUACCCUUCCUGGGUGCCCUCAAUUUGCAUUGCCCGGAGUAUUACAAUCCAGCGGACUACUUAAUGGAGAUAGCAACGCAUGACUAUGAUACGGAAGAUGAGAAUCAGGUGGACAAGCUUGUGGCGCUCAUAGACAAUGGACGGAAUGAGGAUUACAGACAGAACAAAACCGCACGAGUUGCUCAAUUGGCGGCCAUGAAAAGUGUUGAUCAACAAAUGGCAGCUGGACUGAUCACACCCGUCACAGCACCCAUAAUGUCAACCUCUGGCAGUCCCGCACACUACCAACACCAACAGUCGCACAGCUUUAGGCCACUGACGCCUAUAAAGGAGCUCUCCUCGCGAGUCUGGGAUGGCCAAACGCCGGGCAUUGGCAGCGGCGAUGUCGGCAACAAGUCAAAGCCAAAGAAAAACAAAAAGAAGAAGAAGCCAGCGCUAGAGCUAGAUCCAAGCCAUCUUUGCAAUCGUGAUAAUAUCUAUGCGACGCCCUUCUAUCGACAGCUCAGCAUACUGCUGCUGAGAGCCUUCCUGCUCAUUUGGCGCGACAGUUCGUUAACCACGAUGCGGUUUGGGAUACACCUGAUCACCGGCCUGCUGAUAGGAAUUUUGUAUUUCGGAAUCGGCAAUGAUGCCGCACACACGCUGAACAUCUUUCGUUAUGUGUUCUACUCGAUUAUGUUUGUCAUGUACUGCGCCUUCUCCGGAAUACUCGUUAAAUUUCCCUUGGAGUUCCCGAUUGUGUCGAGGGAACACUUUAACCGAUGGUACUCCCUGCGUGCCUACUACGUGGCCAUUACUGUGGCCGAUCUACCCAUACAGAUCAUAUGCAGCGCAUUGUUCAUAGUGCCCACAUAUCUGAUGACCCAUCAGCCUAUGGAGUUGUGGAGGUUUGGUAUGUUCUUCCUGAUUGUGUUCCUCACAGCUCUGGUGGCGCAGAGCAUUGGACUGGCGGUGGGCGCUGCGUUGAGCCUGAAAAUGGGCUCCAUUCUGGGACCGUUCUUCAUUUGUCCCUUCCUUCAGUUCAGCGGCUUCUUCUUGAUGGAGAAGGAUGCUCCCAGCUACAUGCGCUGGAUGUUCGACAUAUCGUUUCUUAAAUACAGUCUGGAUGGAGCUAUGAUGGCCAUUUUCGGGUACGGUCGAGAGCGUCUCGACUGCCAGGAGAUGUACUGCCACAUGACGCGUCCCAAAUAUAUACUCAAGAACUUGGACAUGGCCGAGGCCAACUACAAGUUAGCCAUAAUAUUUCUGCUCUGCCUGUUUGUCUUCCUUCGCAUCAUUGCCUUCUACAUUAUGUCGUUUCGACUCCGACUGUUCAGAUGAGAAGCUUGCAGAAGAGGAUGGAAACCUCCUCCUGACACAUUCCGAUGACAGAUUGAAACUGGAUUUCAAUUAAUGGUUUCUUUUAAAGCAUUUAUUUGAAAGGAACUUUUGUGCCAAAGAUUGAAGAAGUCUAGAGUAGAUCGUAAGGAAAUCGUGAUACAUUUUACUGAAAAUAACGCAACCUCCUCCCAUACACCCAUGCCCAUACAAAUAUACAUUACAGAGAUCAAUACUGUCUGUAUAUACGUAUACAAUUUUUAUGACAUAUGUAUAGUGUACACACAAUUGUAUUUUUGUAUUGUAUUGUGAACGAUUUAUUGACUAGUUUUAAUGUGAGUCUGAUUUUCAGACCUUAUUAAAAUACUUUCUGAAGAAAAUGUAGAUUUUCAAUUUUAUAA